CGCAAUUGCAAAUGACCGUUGGUAUUCAGAUCGAUAUCAAUAGUGUCUUUGGCCAAGUCUCUAGAAAAUGCAUUCGUCCACCAACCAUCCACAUGCGAUCGGCCAGCCACAUCCAUCCCGCCCUGCACUUCGUCGCCUCACAGCUUUACGCUCGUCUUCUGAGUGUGCGCGUCUGCGUCAGCUCAAAUGAUGCGCCAGACAGCACCGCCAGGGCUGCACACAGUGCACCACACUCAUAUGGAUCACCGACAUGAAGACAGCCGCGUGUGUGUGCCCUGCAGAAAGUCACACUGACAGAGAGGGAGAGAGAGAGAGAGAGAGAGAGAGAGAGAACUGUCCAGUGUGCUUCUCCUUGUGUUUGGUGCGGUGUCUGUCUGGCCGACCGAGCUGUGCAGUUGGGCCUGAUACUCGUGAAGGGCCUGAAGCUGCUCCUUGGCAGCCUUGUGCGCAUCCUGGACACACACACGAGAGGGAUGUUGACGUGAAGAAGGCGUCAAAUGGCCUGAGGUAGGUACAGGUACCUUGCUCUCUCUUGAAUCAUGGCGAGAGACUCUGAUCUGGCGCCCUCCUUUAGCUUGUCAACAACUAACUGACAUUCUCAAUACACAGAUGGAGGGAGACAUCCGUCCCUCCCUCCCUGCCUCCCUCCCUCCAUCCAUCCAUCCACCCCUUUAAUCACCUUCGAGUUCGCGGCCCGUUUCUCUUGUGCGUCGCCGACGGAGAGGCGACAGUCGGGCUGUGGGAUGAUUGAUGAGAGUCAGUAUCGAUAGCAGCCGGUUAGCGCUUCUUUUUCGAGGCUGAAUCAAUCGUCAAAUGCUCACUUUCUCCCCCUGAGCCCGGGUCGACCGCUCGAGAUUCUCGCCGAGACGAAACGACUUUGCGCCCUUUCUUUUCCUUCUGUCCGUCGACUGCGUUUAAGAGAAGGAUACGCGAAGGACGAGUGUUGUGCUGCAGCAGCACCGCCUCUCGCCUCUCCGUCUUUGAGAAGGAGAAGCCCUACCAUCUUGCAUCGCAU